CUAUGAUCUCAUUGGCCCGCUCCACUAUAUCCAGCUCUUGCCUCGCAGGUUCCAGGUCAUCCGUGGGUUGAACUCUGGACAGCUCUCCAGAUAACCACCUUCCAACUUUCCACCUUAACUUCCAAUCUUAAACCUCAAUCUCUUCGCCUCUUCCAACCCCUGAAGAGCUUCACGAAUCCCCCUACUAUUCCCUUUUAUCCACGUUCUAACGAGGAUCUGGGAUCCCUACAGACCCUUUGAUCGCUCUGUUCACAGCACAAACACGCAACCUCAUCCUUUCAACGGCAUAGAGCAACCGACCAAAGAUGGCGGAUCACCCAGAGCACAAGAAGAAGGUCAACCUCAUGGACGCCUCGGGCGCUGAGGUCAAGGAUCAAGAUGAUACCGCGACCGCCAUUCUCAAGAAGAAGAAGAAGCCCAACCAGCUCAUGGUCACCGAUGCAGUAAACGAUGACAACUCCAUCAUUGCCCUUUCCGAGAAUACUAUGGAGCAGCUCCAGCUUUUCCGUGGCGAUACAGUUCUUGUACGCGGCAAGAAGAGGAAGGAUACCGUGUUGAUUGUUCUGGCGGACGAGGACCUCGACGACGGCAGUGCUCGCAUCAACCGUGUUGUCCGCCACAACCUCCGCGUCAAGCAUGGCGACAUCAUCACCAUCCACCCCUGCCCUGACAUCAAAUAUGCCAAGCGAAUCGCAGUCCUGCCCAUCGCCGACACCAUCGAGGGCAUCACUGGCUCGCUUUUCGACGUCUUCCUUGCCCCCUACUUCCGGGAAGCCUACCGACCUGUCCGGCAAGGGGAUCUCUUCAUCGUCCGCGGUGGAAUGAGGCAGGUAGAGUUCAAGGUCGUUGAGGUUGACCCUCCCGAGUACGGCAUUGUUGCCCAGGAUACCGUCAUCCACUGCGAGGGCGAGCCCAUCCAGCGUGAUGAGGAGGAGAAUAACCUCAACGAGGUUGGCUACGACGACAUUGGUGGUUGCCGGAAGCAGAUGGCCCAAAUCCGUGAGAUGGUCGAGCUGCCUCUCCGUCACCCGCAACUCUUCAAGUCCAUCGGUAUCAAGCCGCCCCGUGGUGUGCUCCUCUAUGGGCCUCCUGGUACUGGUAAGACACUGAUGGCUCGUGCUGUCGCCAACGAGACCGGUGCCUUCUUCUUCCUCAUCAACGGCCCCGAGAUCAUGUCAAAGAUGGCCGGUGAAUCCGAAUCCAAUCUGCGCAAGGCCUUCGAAGAAGCCGAGAAGAACUCCCCUGCCAUCAUCUUCAUCGAUGAGAUCGACUCCAUUGCCCCCAAGCGAGACAAGACGAACGGCGAAGUAGAGCGUCGUGUCGUAUCUCAGCUUCUGACCCUCAUGGAUGGCAUGAAGGCUCGCUCCAACGUCGUCGUCAUGGCUGCCACCAACCGGCCCAACUCCAUCGACCCGGCCCUCCGCCGCUUUGGUCGUUUCGACCGCGAAGUUGACAUCGGCAUCCCCGACCCCACCGGCCGUCUCGAGAUUCUUCAGAUCCAUACCAAGAACAUGAAGCUGGGCGACGAUGUCGACUUGGAGCAGAUCGCUUCCGAGACCCACGGUUACGUCGGUUCGGACGUUGCUGCCCUCUGCUCUGAAGCCGCCAUGCAGCAGAUUCGCGAGAAGAUGGACCUCAUCGAUCUCGACGAGGACACCAUCGACGCCGAGGUUCUCGACUCUCUCGGCGUUACCAUGGAGAACUUCCGCUUCGCCCUCGGCGUUUCCAACCCCUCCGCCCUCCGCGAGGUUGCCGUUGUCGAGGUGCCCAACGUCCGCUGGGAGGACAUCGGCGGCCUGGAAAGCGUCAAGCAGGACCUCAAGGAGAGCGUCCAGUACCCCGUCGACCAUCCCGAGAAGUUCCUCAAGUUUGGCCUUUCUCCGUCCCGCGGUGUUCUGUUCUACGGACCCCCCGGUACCGGUAAGACCAUGUUGGCCAAGGCUGUCGCCAACGAGUGCGCUGCCAACUUCAUCUCCGUCAAGGGUCCCGAGCUUCUCAGCAUGUGGUUCGGUGAGUCCGAGAGCAACAUUCGGGACAUCUUCGACAAGGCUCGUGCCGCUGCCCCCUGCGUCGUCUUCCUCGACGAGUUGGACUCGAUCGCUAAGGCCCGUGGUGGAUCCGUCGGUGAUGCGGGCGGUGCUUCCGAUCGCGUUGUCAACCAGCUCCUGACUGAAAUGGACGGCAUGACCUCGAAGAAGAAUGUGUUCGUUAUUGGCGCCACCAACAGGCCUGAGCAGCUCGACCCCGCUCUGUGCCGUCCCGGCCGCCUGGACUCCCUCAUCUACGUUCCCCUUCCCGAUGAAGCCGGUCGUCUCAGCAUUCUCACGGCGCAGCUCCGCAAGACACCCGUCUCCACCGACGUUGACCUCAACUACAUCGCCUCCAAGACCCACGGUUUCUCUGGUGCCGAUCUGGGCUUCAUCACCCAGCGCGCCGUCAAGAUCGCCAUCAAGGAGUCUAUCAACGCAGAAAUCGAGAGGCAGAAGGCUCACGAGGCCGCUGGCGAGGAGGCGAUGGAUGAGGACGCCGAGGAUCCUGUCCCUGAGCUGACCAGGCGCCACUUCGAGGAAGCCAUGCAAAUGGCCAGAAGAUCAGUUACCGACGUCGAGAUCCGCCGGUACGAGGCCUUUGCCCAGCAAAUGAAGAACGCCGGUCCCGGCGCAUUCUUCAAGUUCCCCGAAGGUGGCGUCGAUUCUGGCAGCGCCGGCGGCGCCGGCAACAACUUUGGAGAUGCCGGCAACGAUGAUGAUCUCUACGACUAGAUGAGUAGACGGGCUCUCUAAACGCGUUCAUUAAUGUGGGAUUGGGUCUCGUUGUAUUUUAGUUAUUUUUCUCUUUCUAGUCUUCGUCACGUGGGCAUUAUCACGCAGGCACACGCACAGAUGGGUGCGGGCUGAAUCGAGGCAUCUUCGUCUUAUCUGGCCGGAGCAUCAUCUGGGGAUAAGGAGUUGAUAGACAGGUCGUGAUAAUUGCAGUUUGUUGCCCGAUUUCCUUUUUUUUUCCUUUUUUUCUUUUCCUUCCGGUGAUGAUAUAGUGAUGCAGUAACCUCUGCAUCCCCAUAUGGAUCGUCCUACUCCCCCCCUGAGCUUGGUCUGUCGCUUAGAAUGAGUCCCAUACUCUAGCAAAUCGUACUAUAUAUAGUUAACAAGAACUUGAAGCAAGACUUGCGUUCAUAUUUUUGUUUAUCACCAAAGGAGCCAUUGUUUCUUCUUUAUAAAAAUGUUAUAUUAGU